ACUUUGACUGUCACUUUGUUAACAGUGAAAUUAUAAUCUAUACUAUAGUGAAGUGAAUCAGACUGAAUUUAUCACCUGGGCAAGCGGUCUUCUAUGAAACAACGCAGUUUUAAGCUCCAAUAUGCUUAUUUAUAAAGGUUUACUUCUGACCAUCGCGCUGUCAUCGGUCACUCUCGUCUCGGCCUACUGCCCCGUGGACCGUAUCGAGAAGCUCGGCUACUGCAUCUUCAGAGUGCACUGCCGCGGCACCGUCAACAACAUCACGCUGCCCGCACACUGCCAGGGAUCCCCCAACCACCCCGUCAGGGUCGACCUCACCAUCACCGAAGCCGUCGACAGGUUCGACGACAACCUUGUCAACACAGACUUUCUUGACGCUAUCACCACCCUCAGGAUCUCCGGAACGUGGCCUACCACCACCGUGGAGAUCCCGCUCCUACAGUACACGAGCAACGUCGAAAAUCUAUACCUCAUCGGCAAUAACUUCGAACAGAUAUCUGGAAACUCCUUUUCGGAAUUAGGACGCCUGGAAAAUUUAGACCUUUCUCACAAUCGGUUGACUACUGUUGAGGGACUUUUCCAGUUUGACUCGAAUCCUAUGCUUAAACGUCUGUCAUUGGCUUAUAACUCCAUCAGCGAUUUACCAAGUGAUACUUUCGACGAACUCACGUCACUGGUGGAACUUGAUUUGUCUCAUAACAACAUACAGGACCUUACUCAGGAGCCGUUUUCUAAUCUUACAAAUUUGGAAAUUCUUCGCCUAAACAACAACACAAUCAGAGAUUUAAAUGGGGCUGUCAAUAACUUGACUAGUUUGAAACAUUUGUUCGUCCGGGGCAAUCAGCUACAGAACAUUGAUGCUGAAUCACUUCAAGUUAUUUAUCAUUUGGAAACCUUUGACGUUUCUUGCAAUGACCUAGAUACUUUAAAGCCAGCUAUUUUUUGGAGGCACUGGAUGCAUUUUGAAGGCCAGUCCACCUGCAAAAUACUACUUUCAGAUAAUCGUAUUACUUCCUUACCUAAUGCAACUUUUAAAGAAAUGACAGAUCGCUUUACUAGAGACGCGUAUGACGAGCACAAUAUUGAGGUCUCGACUGAAUUAUAUUUGUCUAACAAUGAAAUAUCUAAUAUAGAAUAUAACGCGUUCCAGACAAUAGUUCAGCUGUCUUAUCUUGAUCUGUCCCGCAACAAACUGAAAGAAUUUAUUGUAAAUCCUGAUGACUUGGCAAAUGUGCGAUUCUUGAACUUGAGCAGUAACGUGAUAACUCAUAUUUAUUUUCAGAGCUUUUCCGCUUUAAAUAAUCUUUACAACUUAGAUCUUUCGCGCAAUCAGCUAGAUGAUAUCCCUGAACGAUCGUUUAUCAACAAUUUCAAUUUAAAAAAUGUUAAUCUAACUCACAAUAACUUCAAAGAUGUUACUAAUUUACGUAUUAGAAUUUUCCAUCCAAGUGGUGGAAUGUUAGAUUUGUCUAACAACGGAUUGUCUAAACUUCGAAUUCAAUACGGAGAAGCUUUACGUUUGACCAUGCUGGUCUUAGACUCCAACAACAUUACCGACCUAGCCCUUGUAUAUCUCCGUGAGCAAAACGAUUUAAAAAGCUUAAUUUUAACUAACAAUCAAAUAUCGCAUUUGCACAAGAACUCAUUAUAUCUGCCAAUCGCAUUAAUGUUCUUAGAUUUGAGUUUCAAUCAGAUCAGCGUUAUAGGGCCGUCGAGCUUCUCGCGCGUGAGUCACCUCCAGACCCUUAGACUGUCUCACAACAACAUAACUGCCAUAUCAUACGGCACCUUCAAUGGUCUGAAAGAGUUGAGGAAUUUAGAUUUAUCGUUUAACAAGAUAACUUUCCUGGAUUCUAAAGUAUUGAUGGAGAUGAAGCUUCUGCAGUUUCUGUCGAUUCGGCACAAUGGGAUGGACUAUUUGAAUGACAAGAGUUGGCUCGGACACAAGCUGGACCUGCAAGUGUGUGUGGACGGAAACAACUUCACUUGUGGCUGGCUCAGUACUGCGUUGGCCAACUUUGACAAUGGUUUUUCGAAAAUGCGUCCAGUAGCUUUUGAGAGGGCCCUAUCAGGCACCACGCUGGAAGGUAUAAGUUGUAUUGAAGAUGAAGAAGUCAGCCAACCCUUGGUUGACCUGAAUUCUUACUCGGAUAUAGAUGAAAGGCUUCUAGUGACAAGUCAGAAGAUUUUAGAGGCGAUUAGAGAGCAAACGGUGUAUCUUAAGAAAAUGGUCUGGCAUUCAGUGCAGACUAUGCCGAAAAGUAGACUGAAGGAAACAUAAAGAUUUUUUCUAUAUACUUACCUUAAAUUUUUCAUGUUUAAUACUUUUAUCAAUUGUACGUAAGGGCAAUGCCGAUAUAGUCAUUAUCGUUUGUUCUUUGAUAAAACAGUACUUAUCUUAUAUUGUAAUUAUUGCUAGUUAAGUAUAUAACUAAGUAACAGUACUUAUACUCAGUACAUAUUUACGAAAUACGCAACUUAAAAAUUAUUAUUGAAAUUUUAAAUGAAAUUAUCAUUUAGGCCCUGUUUCACAAUAUCUGCAUAAUGGCUACCUGUGGGAUAAAAUACAUGCUGUCACUGUCUAAAACAUAAUUACAGAGAGUGAAAGCACGUCUUUUAUCACUCCGGUAGCCACUAUCCAGACAUUGUGCAGCAGGCCCUUAGUAUUAAAUCAUUCAAGUAGCUACCAGUCACACUUAAGCAUUUUUUAAAUAAUAUAUUUUAUAUUAGGUACUUAUCUAAGUAUCAGUUACGAGUACAUACUAUACAUUUAAGUACCUAAAUGUUAUUAUUAGGUAGGUAUAAGUUUUUGUUUCGCUAUUGCAUUUUUUUCAGUUUACUAAUUUACUAUAGUCGAAAUCGCUUUUAAAAUGAAACAAUGUCAUUAUUGACGACUCUUAAUUCGUAAUGUGUAAAACGCCCGUGAAUAAAGAAACAGUAUUAUAUUAAAAUGGCGGACGGACUUAAUAUACUAUCUCACUCUAAUCGGUAGCUAUGUUUAUGUACGGUCAGCUGCAUAAGUAGCUAUACACUUCUGUACCUUAUCAAAGAGACGAACCGUCAAUGUUUCAAUGAAUGGAUAGGCGAUUUCAGAUUGACAAGGUACAAAAGUGUACAGCUACUUAAGCAGCUGACUGUACCAUUUUACUUUAAUUUAUGAAACAGUCCCCAUUUUUACAUUAUUUCUUAUGCACGGUUCACGUUACAAGCUUAUUAGAAAGUAAGCCUCCUAUUUAACUAAGAUAAUCUCUGAUAGGUUAGGUACUAUAGAUACUUUGUAAGACUACUAUGAAAGAUGUUUCAAUCUUUUUAUAUUAAAAUUAUAAAAUGCUUUUGUAAAGAGAAAAAAUAAAUGGAGUCUUUUGUAA